ACAGAAACGACCAUGUCGACCGUUGGCUUGAAGCCAGUCUCCCACAUUCGUCGUCGGGAAAUUCCUCGUCGUCGUUCCAAAUCUAAGCCAUUUUUCAGAAGCAUUAGAUUCGUGAAUUGCUAUUCUUCCAACAGUGAUGUGUUCUCCAAUGCCAAAAUCUUCAGCAACUUCUGGCGACGACAUAUGCCUCCGUCUAUUUCCGUCUCUACUGUAUCGAUCGAUACUGAUAUCUUGGAGCCCUUUCAAUCCGCUAAUAUCUCUUUCAAGGACACUUUUCCUGUGAAACUUGUUGAAAUGCUGGAAGGAAAGAUCACCGUAAGGUUAGAUCAAGUGAAACAUUCAAGCAACUGGGAGCUAAGGGUAGGUUGCAAUCUUCCAGGAAAAUGGGUUCUUCACUGGGGUGUUUCCCACGUCGAUGAUGUUGGCAGUGAAUGGGAUAAACCUCCUAGCAAUAUGAUACCUCCCGGCUCUAUUCCUAUAAAGGACCACGCAAUAGAGACACCCUUGAAGAAAUCAUCGUUAUCAUCUGCUGAAGGAGAUACAUUUUAUGAAGUCAAAAUUGAUCUUAAACCCAGCAGAGGAAUUUCAUCAAUUAAUUUCGUUGUGAAGGAUGAAGAAACCGGCUCUUGGUAUCAACACAACGGAAGAGAUUUCAAAGUGCCUCUGGUUGACUACUUCAAGGAUGACACUAAUAUAAUUGGACCUAAAAGGGGCUUUAAUUUCUGGCCAGGGGCCUUAGGUCAGUUAUCCAGCAUACUUCUUGGAACGCGCACAACACAUAAAAAAGGUCAAGAAAACAGCCGCGAAUCCAGAGAUUCCAAAGGAGAAAAUAGUCAACUUGAAGGUUACUACGUAGAACUUCCUAUUGCAAAGCAGAUUUGGGUCAAUAAAUCCGUCAGUGUCUCCGUUAGGAAUUGCCCUGAGAUGGCCAAGAACCUUAUAUAUCUGGAAACAGAUAUACCUGAAGAUGUUGUCCUCCACUGGGGAGUUUGCCGAAAUGAAGCAAGAAAGUGGGAAGUUCCACCCGCUCCUCAUCCUCCAGAGACAGUAUUUUUUAAAGACAGGGCUCUGAGAACUCCCCUACAGCCAAGAGACGGUGAAAAAGGGAGCUCAGUAAUAAUCACUUUGGAAGAGGGUUUUGCAGGAUUUCUUUUUGUUCUUAAGCUAAAUGAAAAUACUUGGUUAAAUUACAUGGGACGUGACUUUUAUAUUCCUCUUCCAAGUUCUAGUAACUUAAAUAUGAAAUACAUAAAUGGUGAGUCGGAAGACGUGCAUUUACAAGAGAACUUACAUAUGAAAUACAUAAAUGGUGCGUCGGAAGACGUGCGUUUACAAGAGACUGAAGAGGCAAGUCAAACAAACUCCUUAUCUGGAUUUGCUGAUGCAAUAAUCAGAGACUUAAAGAAUUUGGUGUCGGACAUUUCCUCUGAUAAGAAUCAUAAGGUGAAAUCCAAAGAAGCUCAAGGAAACAUUCUUCGAGAGAUUGAAAGACUUGCUGCUGAAGCCUAUAAUAUCUUCAGAAACUCCGUUCCAUCUUUUUCAGAGGAGCCUCCAGUAGAAACCAAGGCUACUUCCGGCCAAAAAGAAACUAAGGCUACUGUCGAAGUAAAGGAAAAGAGCUUGACUCCAAAAAUCUGCUCAGCAAGAGGAACAGGGUAUGAAAUAUUAUGUCAAGGGUUCAACUGGGAGUCUCAUAAAUCUGGAAGAUGGUACGUGGAGCUUAAACAGAAAGCUGAAGAGCUAGCCUCACUUGGUUUUUCUGUGAUAUGGUUACCACCACCAACAGAGUCUGUUUCACCUGAAGGAUACAUGCCAAAGGAUUUAUACAAUCUAAAUUCCAGAUAUGGAAGCAUCGAUGAAUUGAAAGAUUUAGUGGAAAAAUUCCAUGAAGUUGGGAUCAAGGUUCUUGGAGAUGCUGUCUUAAAUCACCGCUGUGCUCAUUACCAGAAUCAAAAUGGUGUUUGGAACAUAUUUGGUGGUCGUCUGAAUUGGGAUGAGCGUGCAGUUGUUGCUGACGAUCCACAUUUUCAGGGUAGGGGCAACAAGAGUAGUGGCGAUAAUUUCCAUGCAGCUCCAAACAUUGACCAUUCGCAGGAAUUUGUGAGAAAUGAUCUGAAAGAAUGGUUAUGUUGGUUGAGGAAAGAAAUUGGGUAUGAUGGAUGGAGGCUUGACUUUGCCAAAGGAUUUUGGGGUGGUUAUGUAAAGGAUUACAUGGAAGCAAGUGAACCUUGCUUUGCCGUGGGAGAGUACUGGGAUUCCCUGAGUUAUAGCUAUGGUGAGAUGGAUCAUAAUCAAGAUGAGCACAGGCAGAGGACCGUUGACUGGAUCAAUGCCACCAAUGGUACCGCUGGUGCUUUUGAUGUUACAACAAAAGGGAUUCUUCACUCAGCACUGGAAAGAUGUGAAUAUUGGCGUUUGUCAGAUCCGAAAGGAAAGCCCCCUGGUGUCAUUGGAUGGUGGCCAUCUCGUGCAGUUACCUUCAUAGAAAAUCAUGACACUGGUUCUACGCAGGGUCAUUGGAGAUUUCCGAGUGGAAAAGAAAUGCAAGGAUAUGCUUACAUUCUUACUCACCCGGGAACACCAUCUGUGUUCUUUGACCACAUUUUCUCCCACUACAGGGCUGAAAUAGGAUCACUUAUCUCUCUCAGGAAACGGAACAACAUACACUGUAGAAGCACAGUUAAAAUUCUUGCAGCAGAAACGGACGUCUAUGCAGCUGUCAUUGAUGGAAAGCUCGCUAUGAAGAUUGGACCUGGUCAUUUUGAACCCCCUAAGAGAUCCUUGGGAGGAUGGUCCUUGGCUGGUGAGGGAAGAGAUUAUAAGCUUUGGGAGGCAUCAUAGAUGCUCACAAUAUCAUCAUUUAUCAUUGCGAGCUCCAAUUGAAGUGAGUCAUGCAAUGCUGUUUCGGAGAGGCAUAGAAGCAAACAAAACUAUUUAGCAAGCUGCAGAAGCUGCUAUCACAGUCAAAAAGUCAGGUUCAUCUCAAAACUGAAAAAUAGUGUAUACAUUUAAAUUAGGAAGGAGGUUGUGUCAUAGAUUGCAUGCUUUGUAUACAUAACAUUUUACAAUGUACUAUGCAUGAUUACAUACUAUAUAUACAUUGCCUGCAAGGUUCAACGUGGUAUAUAAGAAUGUGUAGAACAGUCUGCAUUGAUAAUACAGGGUAUGUUUUGGCA